CCUGUUGCAGCUAGUUGGUUGGAUGUGAGGAAAACUCGUGUGGGUACAGCAAAAUGGCACAGCCACUUUCCUCUGCAAGAGUCUACAAUGGAAUAGAUGAAUCAAUAGCUUCAUCUGUAACCUCGCUUUAUUCAGAUUCCGAUCAACCAGAAAAGAAGAGUUUUUGUUUGACAAAUGGAAUAUUCUUAAGUGAUAAACUGCUCUUGGAAGCAAUUCGCGGCCUCAAUGGUGAUUUUAAAUGCAUACUACCAGAAGAACUUGACCAGUAUUCUGCUGAGAAAAAAAAACAUUAUUUCAUAUGUGAAGAUUUUGGAAACGAAAUCUACACCACACUUCACAAGAAAAGGUGUCUGAUAGUUGGGGCACCAUACAUUAUAUCUACUUACAGAAUACAAAAAGACUUGCCAGAUCUCCACAGACCUGUGUAUAACAGAGCUAUGUUCGGUGUCUGCCUUUGUUUCACUGGGUUUAGAAGUAAAGAAGAAAUGUCCAGGCUGUGUAGACUUGUGCACCACAUGGGCGGAAGCAUCAAGAAAGAAUUCAGUGGACAAAUUACACAUUUGGUUGCAUGUUGUAUAUAUCAAGGCUCAGUGAAAUACAAGUCUGCUUUGAGCUUUGGGACACACAUUAUGAGUGCAAGCUGGAUUGAAAAGGCUUGGGAGAACAAAAAUGAUAUAGAUUUCAAGGCUACAGAUGAAAUUUUCAUCGAGAAAUGGAAGAUGAGACCUUUUCAAGGGCUCAAGCUCAGUUUUCUCGGCUUCCCAGCAGAAGAGCAGAAGCAUAUGGAAGAGACUGCUGUAGAAAAUGGUGCAAAUUUUGUACCAAUUGGUGAUCCUGCAUGCACCCAUGUGGUUGUGGAACAUUCUGUUACUGAAUUACCCAAUGAAACUGCUUCUAAGAGUUUGCAAGUCGUGAAACAAGAGUGGUUUUGGGCAAGCAUACAGAUCGAUGCGCGGGCAGAUGAGACCAUGUAUCUGUUUCAUGGCGACAGUAAUGCUUCGCCGUAUGUCAAUUCUGCAAGCCGUAAAAGUCAGAAAAGGAAGCUUCAUAAUGUCGAUAUCAGCGAGCUAUUGUCACCAGAUUCACCGUUGUAUUCAAACAGGAAAAGGACCAAAGACAGGCUCUCUUUGCUAUCAUCCACAACUCUUGACUCUUCCCUUGGAUCAAUGGUCGAAAUUUCUCGUGAGGGAGACAUAGCCGAGGAGGAAACACCAAAAACAGCCCAAGUGCCACUAACUGCACGGCACCAAAUUUCAUUAGAACUUCAACAGACCGAGAAGAAUUACUAUGACACCCUUGUGACUCUAAUCAAGGUUUUUAAAGAGCCACUAGAACAAUCUUUUGAUCAAAGGGGCGGACCUCUACUUGUAGCUGAGGAGAUAAAGACUGUUUUUGGAUCUUUGCCUGAAAUAGUUGACGUACAUCAAAGAAUUUUAAAAGAUAUCGAUUCACUUAUGGAAAACUGGAAAGAAGACAACUUAAUCGGGAAGAUCAUAGUCGAUCAUGCCGAUCGAAUGUCGAAGGCAUAUCCACAAUUUGUCAAUUACUUUGAUAUGGCUAAAGAGACCAUUGUGAGGUGUGACGAAGAGCGACCCAGGUUUCAUGCAUUUCUAAAGAUCUGCCUGACAAAACCCGAAUGUGGACGUCAAAGUCUUACAGAGCUGCUUAUUCGACCUGUGCAAAGACUGCCGAGCAUGAGCCUUUUAAUAAACGACCUGCUUAAAAAGACCCCAACGUCAAACCCGGAUCAUGAUCAGCUCACAAAAGCAGCUGCAGCAAUUAAAAGUGUCUUGAAUUUCAUCAACGAAGACAGGCGAAAAACAGAAGGACAAUUCCAAAUGUUUGAAAUAAUCAGGGAGGUUGAGGGCUGCCCGGCCUAUGUGUUGUCAUCGCAAAGGCGUCUGGUAUCGAAAGCCAACAUGUCAGAAGUUUCGGAUAUUCUCAGCGGAAAAGGAGACAACUUAACAAUGUUUCUUUUCACAGAUAGCAUUGAAGUAACCAAAAGAAAAGGCGUAAAAAGUGUAAAAUCGACUAACAACAUUCCAAUGAAAAGCCCUGGUCCAACCAAAACACCCCAGCGUAAUUAUAAGCAUGUGGAAUUCAUGCCUUUCUCGCAUAUCAAGUCACUUGUUGAUAUUGUGGAUCGUGGAGAAGUCAAGAAUCUGUUUGCUCUAACAUACGUAUCUCCGCUGGAUGCUCGACAGAGAAUGUUAGUCUUUAAGCUAUCAGGAGAAAUCGAAAAGAAAGAUUGGCUUGAUGAGCUUGUCAAAACACUAAUCCAGUCAAAUUGUUGUCCAGACACGGAAAAUUUACUCCAAGUAGCAGACCCAGAGGAACUGAAACUUAUUAAGUCAGACAGUGCCGUUGAUGGAGCAGGAAGACGUGGAGGCACUUUGAGUCGUGCAUACAAAAAAGCAAAGAAUACCACAAAACGAGUUGGUAGAGCAAUAUCUUUGACGAAAACACCCAAAAGGACUCAAAUAAUUAGACGAACAUUUUCAAGUGCAACACACACAGGUGGACGAUCACAGAAUGUGAGCCCUACACCGAGUGAAAUGAGCAUGGUCAGCAUGGCUGAUUUUGAUGCUUCCAUUUGUGAUGAAUCAUUUAGAAGGUUUUGAAGAGCAAUUUGGGAUGCUUUUUGAUACAGUUCCUGUCACUGGAUCAUAUCAAGGUUGAUUCAAGUUCAGAAUAGCUUAUGACAACAGAAGAAUCAAACAUGGGGAGUUAAAGACACAGAUUUUGAAGAGUGGAA